AUGGAAAGGACCAAUGAUUCCAUAGUGACGGAAUUUGUCCUAGUUAGACUUUCUGCCCACCCCAAGCUCCAGACAGUUUUCUUUGUGCUGGUUUUGUGGAUGUACCUGAUGAUCCUGCUGGGAAAUGGAGUCCUUAUCUCGGUCAUUAUCUAUGAUCCUCACUUGCACACUCCCAUGUAUUUCUUCCUCUGUAACCUUUCCUUCCUGGACAUUUGCUACACAAGCUCCUCUGUCCCACUAAUUCUUGACAGUUUUCUGACAGUAAGGAAUAGGGUUUCCUUUUCUGGGUGCAUGGUGCAAAUGUUUCUCUCCUUUGCCAUGGGGGUCACAGAGUGUGUGCUUGUAGGCAUGAUGGCACUCGACCGCUACGUGGCCAUCUGCUACCCACUGAGAUACCCUGUCAUUAUGAGCAAAGGUACCUACGUGCCCAUGGCAGCUGCAUGCUGGGUCUCUGGGCUUGUGGACUCAACGGUGCAGACAUCUUUGGCAAUGCAAUUACCAUUCUGUGCUAACGUCAUUGAUAAUUUCGUCUGUGAAAUCCUGGCUAUCUUAAAACUGUCCUGUGCUGAUAUUUCAGUCAAUGUGAUCAGCAUGGCAGCAUCAAAUCUGAUUGCUCUGGCGAUUCCAUUGCUAGCAAUUUCCGUCUCUUACAUUUUUAUUGUGGCCACUAUUCUGAGGAUCCCUUCCACUGAAGGAAAACGUAAGGCCUUCUCCACCUGCUCAGCCCACCUGACAGUGGUGAUUAUGUUCUAUGGAACCAUUCUCUUCAUGUAUGCAGAGCCCAAGUCUAAAAGCUCUGUUGGUACAGACGGUCAAGAAAUCACUGAGACCCUCAUCUCCCUCUUUUACGGGGUGAUGACCCCAAUGCUCAACCCUCUCAUUUAUAGUCUGCGCAACAAGGAUGUAAAGUCUGCUGUGAAGAACAUGCUGGGUAGGAAAAUCUUCUCUGAUGAACUAUGA